AUGGAUACUACGUUCAAACGCGAUGCUACCCCUCGGAAAUUCAGGGGACGAGGAAGCAGGCAACUGAGUCCCAACUUGAACCUCAUUGCACCACUGACAAGUGCCGGCACCGGGGUCGCCUCCUGGUCUUUACAAAGAAAGCCGUCGGACUCAACGCCCGAAUCAAACUGUCAGCCCACGUGCGAGAAGCCAUCGGCCCAAAAGCAGACAAAUCAAUCCAUCACCCGCCCCUUGGUGACAAUGGUCGAAGUCGCCAUUCCAGCUUACGAACUGAAAGGCGCUACUACUACAGUAGACGACCCGAGUAACCACAACACCGACAAGAUGGAACUUGACGCGUCCCACCCCGAAGAGCCAGUGGUGGCGGAAAAUCAGGAUUGUCGCAAUGAGACAACCCAAUCAGCAGCCACAGGGAUGAUCCCGUCGAGCCCGGUGCCGGAGCCAUGCAGUUGUGACGAGGUUGACAUCUUCAAACAACCCGAGACGAACACCAUCACAGGGAACCAACUGGUCGCCGAGGUACGCACAAUCUAUACCGGCCUCGUGAUGGUUGAAAAGAAAUGUUGCCAAGUCGAUAAGCAGCAAAGCGAGGUGGAUAGCGAAUUGACCGCCACUCAGUGGCAGGCAAUCAUAUCCUUGCAUCGCACGCUGCUGAAUGAGCAUCACGAUUUCUUCCUCGCAUCUCAACACCCUUCUGCGAGCGCCUCACUGAAAGAUCUCCCUGAAAAACAUAACAUGCCCGUCCGCAUGUGGAAACAUGGCAUAAUGGGCCUCUUGGAAGUGUUUCGGCUGCGACUGCCGGAUUCCAAUGAGUUCAUGCUGGACUUCUUCUACAUGGCCUUUUCCAUGUUAACGUUGUUCUUGGAGAGUGUGCCGAGGUUUCGUCAAUUUUGGAUUGAAUGCCUUGGUAAGCUGGCCGAAUAUCAGAUCACUGUGAAGACCUCGGACAUAAGCGGGCAAAGACACUGGGCCAAUGUCGGACGAGACUGGUAUAUUCGAGGCGCAACCAAUUGUCCCGCGAAUGGACGACAUCACCGUGGCCUGGCCACUUUGUUGCAUCCCAAACUAUCGCCCUCUGCAGGAUCACAGUCUUCUCUAGGACUCCUGCAUCAGUUUUAUCAUUACACGAAAGCACUGAGCGCUCUUGACUCUUGUCAAAGUGUGCGUGAAGACCUCAGUCUGUUACUCAAGCACUUCAAAUAUGCUACAACAGCGCAUAGGCCUGAUCUGACCACUGCCCUGUUGACCGUUCAUUACACCCUUUAUCGGAAAGGGCCAAAACAUGAUUUCAAUAACAGGAUGAAUGAUUUCUUCGAGGUUCUGAAACCGUUCUUGGGAAUCAAAGCCUGGCCGCAUGAGAUGGGAUCACAUCUCAUGUCCUGUAACUUUGCGUCUGUUCUCGGGUAUGGGGAUACCAAAAGUCUGUUUGCUAGAGAGUUUGAGCGACUCGGGAAAUAUUGCUCAGUCUCAUGUGUGACGACACACGCUGUAGUGCUGUGGGAAGAAUUGGACAAUCGGAUAUCAACGGACGACACACAUACUGAGGAGACAACAGCAGCCGGAAUGGCUGACAGAUGCUCGCCGACGCUGUUGAAUGCCGCCAAAUUUUCAUUUCAGACUCUAUCGUUCCUGUUGCGACGGGACAGAUAUAAUUUUUCCGCGUGGUCCGAAGUACAUGUAUCCUUGGUAUUCAUCUGGGCCCUCGCUCUUUGUCCGUUUGGCAUGCGAUGGGUUGAAAAGAUGAUCCCAUGGCGAGAGCUUGUGCGCUUUCUCAACCAUCUCGCCGAUGACCCGCCGGAUCACUGUGAGAUCGAUCCAUCCGAGACUCCCUGGAUAGCGGGAAAACCGUAUGAGUACCUUCCGGAAGACUUCAUCAUCGGUGGGCAGACAUGGGCAGGGCUUUAUUAUCCCACGGGCUUCUUCGAAGCCGCUUCGUUGAUAGACGAGGAAGACCUCUUGCCGACCUGGCGUCAAAAGUGCCUUCGUUGGCACCGAUGUCUGUGGCUUGGUCACCGAAUCGCACAGGUAAGCUACACGGUGUCUUUUUCUUGCUAA